AUGGAGGACACCUACCUGCAGACAAAUGCAUCAUCACCUAGGCACCAGUCAGGGCAUGCACCCCAACGAGGCCUCCUUUUCCAGCAAAUGGGCGACUACUCUUCUCUCGGCCUCACUACGAACGUCACCCUCACCGUCGUCCUGAUUCUACUCGUAUCACUGAGCAGCUCCGCUCGCAACCUGUUCCGGAAACGUCAAUAUCCUACCGUCAACAAAGAGCCCUGGGAUCCGUGGCUCAAGAAAGCGAAGGCCAACUACCGCGACCAUGCCAAAGAGCUGAUACAGCAGGGCUUUGAAAAGUUUGGAGGAGAGCCGUUCUGGCUCGAGACUGACAAUGGCCCACAGCUCAUUCUACCAGCUGAAAUGAUGGAAGCUGUAAACAAGGCAUCGACUCUGUCCUUCGACGCCUACAACUUCAAAUUCUUCCUGAGUCAAUAUGAUACGUUCAAACAGUUCAAGGGCGAACCGAGAGGGACGGAGCUCUUCCAAGAAGCCCUCAUGAAGGGAUUGACAAGGAGCUUGCCGAAAUUCACCUCCAUCCUGUCGGACGAAAUGUCGAGCUGUUUGGAAGACAAUUGGGGCAACUCGGAAGAAUGGCACGAAGUCAGUCCCAGAACUGACAUCCUGAGCUGGGUCUCGCGACUGUCAUCAAGAAUCUUCGCCGGGCCUGUCCUGUGCAGGAACGAGGAUUGGCUGCGCAUAUCCCGGGACUACACUGUCGACGUUUUUCAGGCUGUCAUGGACGUGAAAGAGUGGCCACGGGUGCUUCAGUGGCCAGUCGAGCGAUUCUCUCAGAAGUGCCGUAAAGUACGUGCAGAGCAUGCGAUGGCUCACAAGAUCUUGGGCCCGAUUCUCGCCGCCAGAGAGGAGGAACAUACUCGCGCCGCACAGGAAGGCCGAUCACCAGACGUGCCAGACGACGCUUUCGAGUGGUUCCGCACUGCUGCGAUAGCCAAAGGCAUCAAGAUAAAGAACGUUGAAGUGCAGAUCGGACUCAGCCUUGCAGCGAUCCACACCACUUCCGACCUCAUCACGCAGGCUGUCGUGAAUCUGUGCAAGUACCCGGAAGUGUUACCUGCACUUCGCGAAGAAGCUGUAGACGUGCUCUCCAAGUACGGCUGGCAGAAACUCGCCCUCACCGAGGUCCGCCUAUUGGACAGCUUUUUGAAGGAGACACAACGUGUGAAGCCCAUCGGAGUCACAACCCGCCACGUAAUAGCGACGAAGGACGUCACCCUCCCUGGCGGUAUCCGCAUCCGCAAAGGCGAGAUGGCAGCCGUCUCCUCCCACCGCAUGUGGAGCGAGGCUGCGUAUGAACAACCAAAGAUCUUCGACGCUGCUCGUUUCUUCAAGCGACGAGAGAAUCCCAAGCUCCGCAAUAACAGUCUCCUUGUCUCGACCAGCCCCGAUCACAUGGCCUUCUCGCAUGGGAAGCACGCCUGCCCGGGCAGAUUCUUCGCCGCGAACGAAGCGAAGAUCGCGUUGUUGCACCUGCUGCUGAAGUAUGACUUCAAGGUCGAUGAGAAAGAGAAUACCGAUUGGUUGGAGAUGGGCGAGCAGAUGAUUGUGAAUCCCUUUUUCAAGAUUAGCGUAAGACGGAGGAAGGAGGAGAUUGAUCUUGACAGCUUGAAGACUGAGCCUGCUUAG